AUGAUUAAUCUGUUGAGUCUGGAUAAUCGUCUCGGAGGCAGGCUCGGGCGAGAUUUAAUGGUUGAUCCGGCCAAAAUAAGGCGAAAUUGCUUCGCAAUCGUGAGCUCAGGAAAGACGCUAUUUCCUCGACAGAGAGCAGAUGCGUCGGGAGAGCACGUAUUCAUCAGAGCCGAAGACGGUGCACAAACAGCUCCGACACGAACACAUGCGCAUCGGAGUGGCUAA